AUGUCGAUGUGGCAGGUUUCUUCUGUUGAUGGUAUCUGCGACAACGACCACCACAACUACAACGCCUUUGCGUGGCAGCGACUGCUCAGCAACCUUGAAUUUGAGAGCAAGUCGGAAUCCACGAGUGUGGAUGAGCUGAACACUGCUCCCAGAUCCUGUCCUAUUCCCACGAUUGGCUCCAAGCAGAGCAACGCAAGUGCAAAGGAUAGAGUUCUGCCAGUCAAGCUUGAUGCUCACCGCACUUCCUCGUUUGCCGGCAGCACGAUUGCCUUGCAGGACGACGGGUACUCGAGCGAAGAGGAGCACGAUUCCCCUGAUGACCAGGUUGCGUCGGGCAGCAGCCCCACACCCUUCUACUCGUCGCCUACCACUACUGCCAUCACUAAGGGUGGCAACGGCGGCUGUGUCGCAUCAAUACAAAGCAGCAGUGACGCUACCGUUCCGUGCUUCUUUGUAAAUGGGGUGCGUCACAGCAUCGAGCCUCUUCGCAAGACGCCGGACUGGACGGCGGUGCCAUCGUUAUCGUCUGCUUCACAAGCGAAGACGGUAUCCAUGGAAUCCCCUCCGUGGGCCAGCGCACACGUUGACCCGUCCACCACCCCGCCGAAGAGAGUUGUGGCAGGCAGUCACUCUAGCGUUCCGUCUGAGGGGCUGUGCACGGCAAAGUCGACGACGCCGUUACAUUCCUGGAUGACUCCGCCUCUGUACGCGACUCCUGGGACGCUUCCGACCAGGCACGCGAUACCGGCCUCUCUGCCGUCCAGCAGAAUGCAAAAUGGAGCCCAGAGCCCAUUUCCCAUUCUGCCAGAGAGUUCGACCGCUUACAUGGCAAACACGGCUUCCAUCAUGCAGCCGCUUCCCGCGUCCGCCAUGCCUGUGGCUCAGCAGGCUCGCACGCCAUCUUUCUUUUCGAGCAACGGUAGCGCUGCGAACACAACGGACUCUCCGGCCUUGGGUUUCGUCUUCAUGGAUAGGGAAGGUUGCUUCCACCUCGCUCCGCAGGGCUGCGCUCCUCCAGCAUCCGCCCUAUCGGCACUGCCCAUGAUGCACGUCUCUGGCGGCGUGACAGCAUCCCCUGGCAUGCCACAACUGCAGUAUACCCCAAGCACCAUACAAGCUCAGUCGUGGCGACCCACCGCAUCGCUCCCUUGCACUGCAUCCUCUGGGCCAUGGGGAAGCACCAAAGCAUGGGUGUUUCGUGAUGGCUCUUGGAUGUCAUUGUUGGUGUGA